GUGGGGUGGGGAACGCUCGCGGCGGACUUUAACCUUGGGCUGAAACCGCAGCGCUUUGUUUUCCGAGGCGCUUCCUGGGGCGCCGCAGCGGGGCUGGACUGGGGGGGGGGGCGCGCAGGCACAGCCGGAAUGUGGCUCGGUGCCUUUCCACUCGGGCUGCACUCUCGCCGCCGGGCCGAGUGCUCAAAUUUUGGGGGUCCCGCGGGAAGGCCUCGGUCUCUCCAAAUGUGCUUCUAGACAUUCUAGUAAGGAACCGAAGCUGCCAGGGUGAGCAUCUUUGGAAGCGAGGUUCCAAACCCUCCGCCUCUGGCAUCUGCCACGGGCCGCUGGUACUCAAUGUGAGGCCCUCAGGAGGCACCCAGGAAGGGAUGAAUACCUCCCUCUUCUGAGGCUGUCCCCAUCCGCAGUCCAGAACAAAGACUGUUCGGAGGUGGUGGUCCCUGGUCACGCGCAUGGCCUGCUAGGCUGAUGGAGGACAGCAGCAUGAAGGCCUGUUCCCCGCCUCUCUGGCAAAGAAACAAUGCUGGUGACAUUAAGCGUUAUUAUUGCAAAUGCACCCUCUCUGGGCCCCCCUUUACUGUUCGGGUAGAAAGACUACCUCCCCUACUAAGCUGCUACCAUCGCCCGACCGAUUCCUGCUUCCCCGAUAGUUCGGCUAUUUGCACCAAAGCGGGAGGCCAACGAGGGCACCAAUUCCGGGCCGGGUGGAGAAAAGACCGGGGUAUCCCCGGCAUGGAGGGGAAGAUGGGCUGGCGCAGACUGGGGAACCCGAUGAGCCCUGGCCUCCAGGCACAGCACUCGCAAACAACCUGCUUGGUCCUCGCUCUGGAAAAAAAAAAAAGCCCCCUUUCCCGCAUCCUGCGCCCGCAGAAGGCUCCAAGGGCAGAAGGACGACUCGGGAUUAAAGCAGGGUCUACGAAGAGGGGUGGCAGGCUGAGUUCUAAAUGCCAUUCGGACGCUGACUCUGGCGUCGCCCCUAGAUGUUGCGGGUGGCUUCGACCCCAUCCCACCCUCACCGAGCCUUCCUUGGAUUACGUGCCGAGCCGGCGCGCCCUGACCCCAGGCGGCGAUCCGGUGAGGCCCGGACCGCCUCUGGGUCCAGCGACUGCGGGGAUGGAUGUGGUGGCACCGAGAAGUCGAGGCGGUUCCCUCUCUUUGGCGAAGGGGGAAGCUCCUGGCUUGACACCUCGUGGUCUCUGGACUCCCGAGGCCGUGACUAGGAGAUCAGGGAGCCCAGCGAGGCCUGGGACGCAAGGCCAGCCGAGAGCCCUCGCGCCUGAGCUGCGAGGAGGGCCGGCGAGGAGAUUUAUGGCCACAGCCGGCCCCCUGCGCACUGAGCGCGUCUCCGUCCUCUACCAGCCAAACAGUGGAGUGGAAGACCCGACCCGGGGGGGAAGAAGCCAGGGCCGGAGGCGGAGCCGACAGGCACCCGGACCCGCCGGGGUCCGGCUUGGAGCUUCAGCUCCAGCUCUGCCAGCUGUGCGCCUUGGUCCCGACGGCGUGCGGGGCUCUGGCGCCGCGUCCUUGGUCUUUCUGGUGGGUCGGGGUUGCUCUCGGCUGCGUUGGCCGAACCUUGGCUUAGCACCGAAUCCUGGCUGGGCCAGUCCCAGCACGGGGAUGGCGAGCUUGACUUUCCCAGGCGCAGCCUCUCCAGGUUUUAGCGGCGCCCGGGCCGGGCGCUCCCUGGUUGCGGGACCUGGGACCUGGACACUGGCGCUUAAAAGACCCGGCCAGAGCUUCAUGAGCGAGCAGCAGAGGCCGGCGAAUGCUCGGUACCUGGGCUAAGAGUCUGGUGGAGUGCGGGGACUUCGGUCUCCACCGGGGAAAAGGCGGCUCGGGGGGACGGGUGGAAAUGGCUCAAGUGUCCGUGCCUAGUAAAGGGUGCGGUUUUUUUGGGGGUGAGAAGGAGUAAGGGAAAAUCGUGUCCAUGGGCCAGCAACCCCAGGGUUCCAGGAAGCGCCGGGUUUGUCCCUGAAUAGAGGGGCUGAGCCGGCUGGACAAAGGCACAGCCGGGGAGAACUGGACUCAAGAUUGUUCUGUCCUUUGGUUUUAAAACGAAGGGGAAGAAUUUUGUCAGUCUGGCCGUUACGGAGCCGGAACCGGCGACCUGGGAACAUACAAAAGGCCUCGGCUCUGGAGGCCCAGGCUGUCCACCGACAACAGCACUGGCCUGGGCGGGUUCUCCGCGAACUGCGGUUUGAGGUUUCGAGGUCCUCCCUCCAGCCGAUUUUCCGCCCAGUCAGUACAAAACACACACACACACUCACACACACUCAUUCUGCGUCAACACUUUUUGGCCGGGGCUCCCACUGGGUAGACAGAAGUAUGUGGGGGGAGGGGACGGAAGAUGGCGGCUGGACUGCGCGGCUGUCACCCGCUCCCCUCUGGGCGCCCAGGCCUGGUUUUUACAUUUCAGUGUGACCCACCAGAGGAGUGAAGACACCUCCCCAGAGCCCGAAGACGGGCAAGGGAUGCGCAGAGUCCCCUACGAGUGGCGAGGGUCUCUGAAGGAGCCCGGCCGGGCUGCGCCUACCACUCGGCUUGGGAUCCGUCCUCCGCCCUAAGAUGGCUCCCAGCCGCUGUUUACCCAGCGACUGCGGGGCCACCAGGGCGCGGGGCCGGUGAGGGGACAAAGAUCAGGGCGGCCGGCUCCUCGGCGUGGCCUGCUAGUGUCCCGACGCAUACAGCAGCUCGGAGAACCGGCGCGGCCAGGGUCUGUCCUGUCGUCCCGCCCUGUGGCCAGGAACCGGGAGCCACCGCCUCCGCGUCCCCAAGCCCUGCGUUCCGGGUGCGGGUGUGUGUGCAGGGAGGGCGGCGCGAGGGGGUUGGGGCCCACAAAGGCCGGGGGGCGGUUGGCCGGGGGAGAGGGGAGUCUCGCCUGCACCGAACUGCGGCCCUAAUGAAAUGCAGGCUCGGUUCGCCACGCCGACGAAGCGCACAUUUGGAAAUGCUAACGCCAUUGGCAAAUCCAGGGCAAACAGGCAGAAUUUUUAUUAGCAACUAAAUGAUUUAUGGCACACAUACCCCGCCGUCACAAUUACGGCGUCUUGGAGCAUCCAGGGGUGAAAACAUUAAACAUUUAUAAAAAUAGGCUUUUGUUAUUUUCCACCCUGCAAGCCCUUUGUAUUCCCCACCCUAGCUUUCUCAAGAUAGUUUUUUUUUCCUUGAGCUAUAUUAAAAUAAAGAAAAACAUUCCAGAUCUAGGGCGGGGAUAACGGGGUGGGGGAUCAGGGUCUGGCUCCGAAUAUUGAAGGGCAACGGGGCGGGGGAAGCGAAGGGGGCCCGGGCGUGGGAGGGUUUACUAGGAAUCCACAAAGGCCUCUGGAUAAGACUCGAGGACGCUCGGCGCCCACCGGGGCUGCGCCCCCACGCACAGCCCCUUCCCUUGCGGUGGCCUCCAGCAACCCAGCGCAGCUCAACUGCGUUUAUUUUUUUCUUUAGUCACCCCCUCCCCCAAGGCACACAGGCACAAUACCUUUUUCUAACCCCCCUCUCCUCUCCGUCUUUGCUCCUGGCUGUCCCGGGCUGCCACGGGAGCCUCCCGCCGCCCUGGCCGCCACUGAGACUUGAGCGCCCUGCUGCAAGCAUGGACACCGCCGCUAGUGCCCUUCGGAUCCGGCUAUUUUCGUUCCUUUCUUUCCUUCUCACUCCUCCCUCCUCCCGCAGCGGAUCUCCAGCUUCCAAAAGAGGGCAGCCUAGAAACCAACGCAGGAGGCUUCUGCAAGGGCAACUUGAAACUGCCCUCAAGAGGCUGAACUUUUUUCCUCAAAUUUAUACUGGAAUUAGACACCCCAGUUCGCUCUCCAAGCCUACCCCCUUUUUUUUCUAAAAGUGGAUAAAAGAAAAUAGAACGAAUGGGCGCUAACUAGCUCAUUUUUAAUCCCUCCAGAAAAGUUGCCUUAAAAAAUGGGUUUAAAAAAAUACAGCUAUGCGAAAACGCUGAGUCCGCAGCGCAGGGCGAAAGAGCCGGCUCCUCUUGUUUUAAUUAAAAUCCAGUCACCGCGGUGGCUUCGAGGCAGGAUCGGCAAGGAUUUUUGCCCUUCCAAGCUUCCUUUUGAGUGUACGUAAUGCCCAGCUGGGCAUAGGUCCCUGCGGGGCUGCGAAGAGAAGGUGCGGGGGCCGCCAGGGCGGCCCCUUCGACUGCGUCCGCACUUCUUGCGCCCGCAGCCAAGUACGUUGCCGCAGGCAGCUCCCAGCGACUCAACCCAGAAAGGAUUUUGCUGAAAGCGCAAAAUAAAAGUACGAAGUCUGGGGGAUUGAGUCUUCCCUCCCCCUCCGGCCACCACGGCCAGCCAAGCACUUUUUGGGCUUGGCUGCUGCUUCCUCUGAGCUCAACAGAUUUUUUUCCCCGGGUCUCGUCCUCCCUGGAGGGGGGCGCCGCGGAUGGAAGGCGAGAGAGGCCCCCAGCCAAGAGGUUUUUAAUAUUACACUUUAAUAGGUUUCAGAAGGCCCCGUGGAGAAAUGCUAAUAGGCUGAAAUGUCAGAAUCGAGAGGGAAUCAGUUCGCGCUCAGCCGAUCUAAUCCUUUUUUCUGCUUUCUUUGGGGAGGGGGGAAGGGGUGAGGUGCGCCCACGCCAAGAGAGGCUUUGGGGAGGAGCGCGCGGUGCAAAGCGCCGCAGCUCCGGUCGGGGCUGAGCGGGGGGCGCGCCCCGACCCGCGUUUCUAUAGGAACCCCUUUUAGAAGAUUAGAGACUCACCCGCUGCCCGCCGCCGCGGCCUCUCCAAAAUAUUAAUCAGUAACCACCUGACACCGCAUUUCAGGGAGGGACCUGCAGGCCGGGGCUAGGAAAACGGCCUUCUCGCCUGCCCAUCCCACCCAACCGCGCUGCUGGGGGAGAGGGAAUGAAUCGCUGCUUUGUUUUGAAGGCGGGUUGAGGGGGGAGGAAAAAGCAGCCCUUGUCUGUUUUGGAGUCGCCACCGCGCGUUCUAGAAGGCGCGCCCCAGGGGAGGUUGGGGGCCGGGGCCAGGCGCGGGGUGCAGCCCCCGGGGCCCCAAGCUCUUCUCGGCUCGCUCGGCUUGUCACCUUCUCCUGCGAGCAGGAAGCUGACAGGCAGCCUAUUAAACCGCGCCUUGCAAAGCCCUGGAUUGCGGCGACAACCAUCUUCCUCUAUUUUGAUCACUCAGCCCAGACGCUGGGAGGGAGGGGAGGAAAAGGGAGGAGAAGGAGGAAGGGGGGGGUCUGAGCUGGUGGAGGGGGAGGGCUGCCUAGAAACGGCCCGGAAAAAUUCUCACCACCAGUUUUGAUCAUUCAGCCCCGCCGAGGGGAGCCUGGAAACUGCU